UAUUUUGUUUCAUCAUGAAGAGAGGAAACAUUGAUUUAAGUAACGAACUGCCCAUAAACGUUAUUUCGAGUGUAAUGAACUGCAUAUCAUCAUCGAAUAAUUUUCGCUGGUCACCUGAAAGUAACGAUAAUUUAUCUACACCAUAUAGAGGAAUCAUGAGCAGCAAACAAAUAAUUAGUCCUGAAAUACUUUCUUUGGCUCCUCCGCUGAUGGACUUUGAAGAUGAACUGAUUUGGUUUGAUAAUGUAGGGAAGCGCAAUGAUAACAUAUUUUAUGAUAACUCCAAUUGUAUUGAUGAAUACUCUAAACAACUUGUAUCUAUGGCUUUCCAUCAGCCCUUGACACCGCACGAACAAAAAACUUUGUUGGAAGAGGUCUCGAAGCACAGGAAUUUUGUAUAUCAAAUAGGAUUAACUCCAUCAAAGUUGCCUCAGCUUGUGGAAAAUAAUCCACUAAUAUCAAUAGAAAUUUUACUACGACUAAUGAAGACGGUGGAAAUAACGGAAUAUUUUAACGUUUUGGUACAAAUGGAUAUAACAUUGCAUUCAAUGGAAGUAGUUAACAGGCUUACCACUUCUGUGGACUUACCUACAGAGUUUAUACAUUUGUAUAUUAGCAACUGCAUAUCUACAUGUGAAACUGUUAAGGACAAAUACAUGCAAUCUCGUCUGGUGCGCCUAGUUUGUGUCUUUUUGCAGUCACUUAUAAGAAACAAAAUUAUUAAUGUAAAGUACGAAAUUUUCCAAAAAGAACAGCGGAUCUGCAAAAGAAGAGGAAACACGUUUUCCGGUCGAAGGCUUGUAAUACAGUCAAAUUAAGGUUGAAAAUAGUUAAUCUCACGAUUUUUUGCUGUUCCAAUAUUCUUGCGGAAGAUUUUAAGAGAUUUCAUGUGAACGACGAUUCUACACAUAACCCAGGAGCCCCCUAAACUACUGCUCGCGUCGCACACUGGGGCCUAGCGUGCUCAAAAUUAAAUUAAAAAAAAAAUGGUUUCUUUGGAAAAAUAAAAACGCAGGUUCAGGUUUUACCUUUCUAUCGUUUUUCGGCUGGGAGAUAUGCGUGUCCAAACUUGACAAAUUUGAAAAAAAAACUUUUUUUUUUUACCUGAGAAAUUCAAAUGUGCAAUUCAAAUUGUUACUGUAAGAAAGCGGUAUUAUAUUUCGUUACUUUGUUUUUUAAAUGAAGUUUAUGUAUUUAUUGGUGUAUUUUGUGUAU